GUGUGUAUGGGAAAACGAAGAUGUCACUCGUGUUGGUUUUCUUAGUGAUCAGUCUGGCACUAGCAGAUGCAGGCUACCAAUAUAACACCCCGAGUCCACAAUUCGGUCUGCCGGGCAGCCAGCCCGCAAAUUUUCACACGGGUCAUGACUCACAUCAUCACAGCGCUCUGCCAAAUGAACAGGAUAAGUUGUCACAUUCAGUAUCCUACAAGGACUAUGUAUAUUUAAAGAAUGAUGUUUAUCAAAAUAAGGAAGAUCAUCGAGGCUUUAUAAACCACUCGUCCGGCAACGGAGGAUAUGCAGGGUCCCAGGUGAACAAUGGUUACGUCAAUUCUGGUUACUCACAAAGCAUUGCACCGGUGGGGGCGCCCAGUGCGAGCCUGAACAUUAACUCCGCGCAGAACUAUGCGCAAGUUGGUUACAAUUACAAUAGUGGUAACAAUCAUAACUUCGUACCAACAUCAGGCGGUAAUGUACAUGGCUAUUCUCAGAUUCCAGCACCUUCUGGCAUUAAUGCAAAUAUUGGUUAUCAAUCUAAUAAUAACCAAGUCUUAAAUUCUGGUUAUUUGUCAGCCACACCUAGUACUGCAGCAAGUUCUAGUAUUUCUCAACCUUUGCCACAGUCUGGAGCUUUUGGCCUCAGUAAUGGUUAUGCCCAAGCUUCUAGUGGAAAUGUAUUAAAUAGCUAUUCUCAAGCCAGCGGUAGUGCUAGCCAUGCUCUUAGCCACGGUUACUCCCAAAUCUCGUUAUCACCAGCUGUUGGAAAUUCGAAUAGUGGGUAUUCACACGUACUAGUUCCAUAUUCUAGCAGUUCAAUAUUAAAUAAUAAUUACGCUCAGAGUCCUUUACCGGUUGUCGGUAGUAAUGUUAACUCUGCAUAUUCUCAAUCUUUCCCGCCAAUAGGCAAUGCGAAUUCUAAAAGCAACGGUUAUGUUCAAGCUUCGUCUUCAACUGCGGGUACAAAUUACAAUUCAGGCUACUCCUAUUUCCCGCCGAACCUUUCCGCUAGCUCUGCUGGCUCAAGUAAUUCUCAUGUCCAAACCAGUUUCUCGUCAGCGGGAAGCUCAUUUAAUAGAGGAUACUCGCAGCAUAAUUCUAACAUAAAUACUGGUUACUCUCAAAGUUAUCAAAUUGGCCAAAGUCUGAGCAACGGUUUUAGCCAACCAAUCCAAUCAACGAUACAGCAUGGACAAACCAACUCAAAUAACGGUUGGAAACCAUUGAUUUCACAAACCAGUUCGUCAUUCAAUACCGGUACCGUCCAAGCAUCUGGUGCAACAUACAAUGGAAACUUGAAUUCUAUAUCACAAUCUUCUGCCACCACACAAACAGGGUCUAGUAAUGGAAUUUUCAACACUGGUUUUACUAAAUCAGCUUCAGCUAAUAUUGUCGGAAGUUCCAGUUCAUUAUCUAGCAGUGUACCAAUAGCUCCCACUGUUUUCAAGCACAUAUAUUUUCAUGUGCCACCCCCAGAAGUGGAAGAUCCUAAAACAGCACCACCCCCUCCACCGCCAAAAAAGAAUUACAAAAUUAUAUUUAUAAAGGUACCUUCGCAACAAUCUAAGUCGAAUUUGGCUCGUUUACAACAAAUUGCCGAAAUGAGUAACGCUUCAGUUGAACAUAAAACCCUCAUUUAUGUUUUGGUGAAAAACCCGGAGACGCAACAACCGUUAGUAUUACCAAAAUCGACCCCUUCGGAACACGAGGUGUUCUUUGUGAAGUAUAAUGGCGACCCAUUGGAAAUAGCGGAGCAAGUCAACAAAGAGCUGGACAAAACUGGUACAGUACAAAGCAUAGUGCCCUUAGAUCCAGGUCUAGUGAAUGGGAAGAAGUGAGACUAGGGUAUGAGGGUCUGGUGUAGAGCACGGGUGACAAUGGUUACCGUGAGUGGAUGAGAGGCUAUAGGCAUUCAGUGUUUACAAAGGUCGUAUGUAUUUACUUACUCAUUGCAUUUGAAAACUGGUUCGUCAUCAGUCAUUAAAGAUUAUAAGUAAAAUAUUAUUGAGUAGAAAAAAAAUGAAAUAAGUGUUAAAACUAUGCAAUUAUUUCUGUAUUGUAUCCAAAUUUUUUUAUAAUGCUAAAAGAUGCUAAGCGAAUUUUAUUUAAGGAUCAAUUUAGUUUUUUAUAUAAACCAGCUUAAUGUCUAUAGACCGAGCCAAAGUUUGUGUUAAGUUAAUUAGGUUAUUUAUUAGUUAUUGAUAAAAAUUUGUUUCUGCGAUGAAAGCGGUAACAUUGAGAAAAUUUUUGCAGUUGAUUUCCCGAAUUUCCGUAAGUUCAUCCUAGUCGGGCUAACAAAUGCAUUGUUGUAUAACUUACUUGAAGGUUAAUGUAAAUAAUAGUGUAACAGAAAGUUCCAGUUCCACCUUGAUCUACUUAUUAUAUUAAAUGCAACAAUUAAUUCACUAACAUUUGUAAACUACACAUGAUUUAAUACUCAAAGGUGCCAUAAAAAUGUUAAUAAAAUGUUAUAUAACAAAAGUAUGUUUAUUUUCUGUUUGUAACUGCCCAAACUAGUUCGUACACUACAUGUAUCAAUGAACAA